AUGCUUGAUUCUCCUUGGAGUCCCAGUAUCGAUAUCCCUGUUGGUGAUCUGAAGGAGCAUCAGUUUGUCACUAUAAGCUGUUCAGCUUUGACUCCCUGUCCACACUCACCUCCUGAACUCACCUGGAAUCUCCAACAAGACUCUAAGAGACAAACAGAGAAAAACAAAGAUGGAACCUUUACAAAUAAAAUCCAGGAGACCAUCACUCUGUCAGACACACAUGAUGGAUACAACAUCAGAUGUUCUGCCAGAUAUCCUGUGAAUGGAGGAAGCAAGACAGCAGAGACAGAAGUGACUCUCAGUGUUUCAUAUGCUCCUAAAGACACCUCAGCAUCCAUCAGUCCAUUGGGUUUGGUUUCAGCAGGUAGCUGGGUGGAGCUGAGCUGCUCCAGCAGAGCCAAGCCUCCUGCCGGCUUCACCUGGUUCAGAAACAGCAAACAUGGAGCCAUUAAUGUAUCUGUGGGGCAGGUUUACAGAUUCAAAGUUACCGAGGGAGGAGAGUAUUACUGUGAGGCUACAAAUGAUCUGGGGACUCAGAGAUCAUUAGUGACCCUACUUAAAGGACCCGGUCUCUGUGUUACAUUAAAGAUCCUGGGGAUAAUAAUGCUCUGCAGUGCAGUCUGCAUCUUUCAGUGGUGA